UUCAAAGUAUAGAGGUUUAUAGUGCAAGCUGCCAAGCUUAAGAAUCCUUAGCGUAAGCCACUAAGCAUCCUUUGUUAUCAAAAAUGGAUAUUCUUAACGGAUGAAGCAACAUUGCUGAAUCCUCUGUUUUAAGUUCCUCCCAAAAGGACAGUUGCAUAAAGCAUAUUACAGAAUAUGCACUCCCAUUUUCAGUUUCUUUGGUUUUUUGCUUUUGGUCUUUCCCUCACACCAGAUCGGCCUUUGUCUUCUUGCAACUGGCAAGUCUCGAAAGGCUUUCUGAUGAUUCAUUUUGAAAUUAGAACCACGUAGCCGUUGAGAAGCAGUGACAGUAACAGUGUGACAAUCGUCCUAAAUAUUCUUUCUCUAUAUAAUGGAUCAAAUGGUUCCUUCCUUCAAGUGGAAAGCAUUCUUUCCUGUAAAUUCUCUAAAGAUCAAGACAUGGAUUCAUUUAUCUCUCGUGAAUCUGAUCAUAGUCUUUUAACAAGAAGUUCAGUUGAAAACCACGAGGCAACAAUUCUGAAAGAACGAAUAUCUCUAAAAGCAACAUUUUUUGAUUGCAUUGGUGUCCAUGAGUUUUCCUCACCAGAGAUGUGGAAGGCUGCAUUUACAGAGUUGGUGACGACAGCUUUACUAAUGUUCAUAUUAACAGCAUCCAUUGUCUCCUGCUUGGACUCGCACGAGACUGAUCCCAAGCUUCUUGUCCCAUUUGCAGUCUUUAUUAUUGCCUUUCUAUUUCUCAUGGUGACAGUUCCUCUUUCGGGUGGACACAUGAGUCCAGUUUUUACAUUCAUUGCUGCCCUCAAGGGCAUCAUAUCUCUAGCACGAGCUUCCAUCUAUAUCCUGGCGCAGUGUGUAGGCUCAAUAACGGGAUUUCUCAUACUUAACCGUGUGAUGAACCAUGAUGCAGCAAAAACGUAUUCCCUGGGAGGCUGUACCAUUGAUGGAAAUGGGUCAACGUCCGGGGUUAGCCCUGGAACGGCAUUGAUAUUGGAAUUUUGCUGUACUUCUGUGGUGCUUUUUGUUGGUGUAACGAUAGCAUUUGACACGAGAAGAAGCAAAGAGCUAGGCUUAGCAAUGGUUUGUGUCGUGGUGGCAGGGGCAAUGGCAGUGGCAGUUUUUGUAUCCAUUACUGUGACUGGGCACGCCGGUUACGCGGGAGUGGGGCUUAAUCCUGCAAGGUGCUUAGGCCCGGCCUUAUUGCGAGGCGGUUCAUUAUGGCAUGGGCAUUGGGUGUUUUGGAUUGGACCUUGUCUUGCUUGCAUCGUUUAUUACGGUUUCACCAAGGGCUUACCGAAAGAAGGCUUGGUUUGGGAAGAAGGAGAGCGUGACCUCGUGAAUUUGGCGGCACCUGCACUUUGUUGUUGGGGACCUAGAAGUCAACCUAAUGGGAAGGUUUUGGAAAUUGUGACACCGAGUCACUGAUGGAGGUUAUCAGGUUAAGUUCAUUCUCGAUCUAAUAGCUGGUAAGUGGGUGGAUUUUCACAUAUUGCUAGACAGUAGACGCGCCAUUAACGGAGCUUAUGACAUACUAAUAGUUUAUUAUAAUUUACAUAAGGCCAGAACAAACACUAAUAGUUUAAGUACACGUCCAAGCAGGGUUUGUGAGGAAUGUCAAUACUUAUACGUGGCUAGACGGUGUUUGUAAUGAAUGUCAAUAUUGCAAAUAAUGUCUCUGCAGAUGUCUGUCAAGGGCCUUUUUUAGCUGAUAGAAGUCUUGCUUCAAUCUAAUUCUGUAUCUGCAUGUAUAUGUUAUCGUAGUAAUAUAUUUCAUUGGCACAACCCAGUGAACUGCACAUCAACAACUUAAGCUAGUGGUAAUUUACUUAAUUCAACCAAAAUUUAUUGUCCCUUUUUAUUUUGUUACCCCUUACAUAUA